GAUUGCAUUGGAGCCAUUUAUGGUACUCAUAUAGAUGUUAUAGUUACCGAGGAGGAUCGAUUACGAUAUAGAGGAAGGACAGGGACACCCACUCUAAAUAUUAUGGCGGCGUGUGACUUUGACUUGCUUUUUACUUAUGUGCUUACUGGUUGGGAAGGAUCGGCUCACGAUUCUAGAAUUUUUCUUGAUACUAUUGGCAACGAAAGUCUCAAUUUCCCAAAACCUCCUCUUGGCAAAUAUUACUUGGUAGACAAAGGAUAUCUGGAAAGAGAAGGAUAUCUAACUCCAUACCACAAGACAAGGUAUCAUCAAUCUGAAUUUCGUGGUGCAAAUCCAAGAGGGCCUCGAGAAAUUUUCAAUCGUGCACAUUCUUCCUUAAGGAGUUGUAUUGAGAGGGAAUUUGACAUUUUAAAGGCACGAUGGAAAAUAUUGGGAAAAUGCCAAAGUAUUCGUCACAAGAUCAAAAUAGGAUAAUCUGUGCUGCAUUUGCAUUGCACAAUUACAUACGAUUAAGCAAAGUUUCCGAUCCGGCAUUCAAGAUCAUAGAUGAGGAUCCCACUUUUAUUCCACCCGAAGCAUCUCGAGAUGUUGAUGGUAGUUCUAUGCAAGAAGCUCAACGUCUAAGUACUAAUGAAAUGACAAAAGUUCGUGAUGACAUUACUACUAGUUUGUUGAGAAGUAGAAGACGACAACGUACUUCUUAAACAUAUGUAACAACUAUUAAUGGCCUAUUUUUUUUUAAAA